GCAGGAGGAGGAGGGAGUCCACAUAUUAAGCUCCGUGCUGUAGCGUUACCAGCUAAAUCAGCCAUAAAACUGCCAGCUAAAGCUAUGUAGCCUGCUUCAUGGCCGGGACAGAAGAAAAAACGGAUUUAUUUUUUUUUUAAGUUUCUGACUGGGAUAAUUUUGGUAUCACCCAGGGACAGCAAAACCAGCAGCAACAGCAACAACAACAUCAUCAUCAGCUGGCGUUUAGCAUUAGCAGCCAAGCUGCCCGGAAGGAGGCCGCCGCAGCGCCGGGUUGGAAUUUAACUUUCUCUGCACUGACGUCCGCACCGAAGUGAUAAAAAAAAAAACAAACCCCAAUGUUAAACUGAUAUUUAUUUCUGCUCGGUAAGAAUGGAGUCCUCUUUGGGGAUAAGCGACGAGGAAUGCUUGGCAACUGUAAAAGGUCUGGAGGUGAGGUCUGGCCAGAAGGAGCCCAGACUACUGUCACUAAUUGAGCGCGGUGGAGCGUUUAUACUGGGUGUUUUAGCCAACCCUGAUGCUGUCGUGUCUCGUCCAGUUGCUCAGCUAUCGAUACCCAUCAAUGGUAACUUUGAAAUUGUACGAGAAGCUGAAGAGGCUCUUCUUAUUGAUUUGUCAGUAGACACUUUUGUUCGGGUACGAAUCAAAGGAGAAAAAGCCCCAGAGCUGCUGCUGGAACUCCAGGAUGAUGAUCGGACUCAGACUUUCCUUACCCAGGUGAAGAGUGCUCAACUACAAGUUGAAUCCAAACCUGCCAGACCAAAAGCAAUGGAGCCCAUUACACCAACACCGCAGAGAACUCCAGUACCUGUCCCUCCACUACGGGCAGCCAAGACAGCUAACCCACCCAAACCUACCAAUGCAAUUCCCCCCAGCCUCAACAACAAUACUCCAAUGACUCAAAGUAACACAGGCAUAGGCAUUGAGAACAAUUUCAACCACAAAGUAGAAGAAAAGAAAAACCACCAGAAUCGUAUAGUUGCCUCUAGGGAGCCUCCACCUGUCCCUCCACUACCUCCUCGCAAAGCUUCCGCUACUCCAUCCAAUCCUCUGCCUCCUGCUCCAGUCCCCAAAGACAGAGCUGGCUCCUUACAGACCAAAACCAACUCUUCAGUCACUAACAGCAAGUCAGAUAAUUUUAGGUCAGGGUUUGACCGUGUAGACAGACCACCAUCUUGGUGUGACAGCCCCACCACUAACAGCAUGAAACAUGCCAUACUCUCCACCCAAGCAGGCCAGAGAGAAUAUCUCAUCAAACACCGCCUGGGCAAGAAGGAGAGCGAGUAUGUGGACAUCCGGCCCUUUAAGUUUUUCACAGGUACAUGGAAUGUGAACGGCCAGUCUCCAGACAGCAGCCUUGAGCCGUGGCUCUGCUGUGAUGCUGAACCUCCGGAUAUAUAUGCUAUUGGUUUUCAAGAACUGGACCUGAGCACUGAGGCUUUCUUCUACAUGGACUCCUCCAAAGAGCAGCUGUGGGUUGACGCUGUGGAGAGGAACCUGCAUCCAAAAGCCAAGUACAAGAGGAUUCGGAUCAUACGACUCGUUGGGAUGAUGCUUGUAGUCUAUGUCAAAAAGAUACACAAGAAUCACAUAAAAGAUGUGGCUGCAGAACACGUGGGGACAGGAAUCAUGGGAAAAAUGGGAAACAAAGGAGGCGUGGCGGUGAGGUUUGUUUUCCACAACACUAGCUUCUGCAUUGUCAACUCCCAUCUAGCAGCACACGUUGAAGACUUUGAGCGCCGCAAUCAGGAUUAUAAAGACAUAUGCGCUCGCAUGACCUUCCACUUACUGGACUACCCGCCUCUCAAUAUCGUCAAGCAUGAUGUUGUAAUCUGGCUUGGGGACCUAAAUUAUCGUCUCUUUCUGUACGAUGCUGGUGAGGUCAAACAGCUCAUUGCUCAUCAUGAACUAAAGAAGCUCCAGGAGUAUGAUCAGCUGAACAUUCAGAGGCAGACAAAGAAGGCCUUCACAGACUUCAUGGAGGGGGAGAUUAAAUUCACCCCCACAUACAAGUAUGACCCCAAAACAGAUCGCUGGGACUCCAGUGGGAAGUGCAGAGUUCCGGCUUGGUGUGACAGAAUCCUGUGGAGGGGCAACAAUGUCAAGCAGAUAUCAUACCAAAGUCACAUGAAGCUGCAAACCAGUGAUCACAAGCCUGUCAGCUCCCUCUUUAGUAUAGGGGUGAAAGUGGUAGAUGAGCAGCGCCACAAGAAGGUGUUUGAGGAGAUAGUUCGUGCAAUGGAUAGGAUGGAGAAUGACUGCCUUCCAUCUGUUUCUUUAAGCAUGAGAGAGUUUACAUUUAAAAAUGUCAAGUUCAGGCAGCUUCAAAGGGAGCGCUUCCUAAUAAAAAAUGACGGGCAGGUACCCUGUCACUUUGCCUUCAUCCCCAAACUCAAUGACUCACAGUAUUGCAAGCCUUGGCUGCGAGCCGAGCCCAGCGAUGGAUUCUUGGAGCCAAAUGAGACCCUGGAGAUCUAUCUGGAGGUGUAUGUCAGUAAAGACUCUGUCACGCUGCUCAACUCUGGAGAAGACAAGAUCGAGGACAUCCUGGUGCUCCAUCUGGACCGUGGCAAAGACUACUUCAUUACAAUCUCAGGCAAUUACCUGCCCAGCUGCUUUGGCACCUCGCUGGAGGCUCUGUGCCGCAUGAAGAAGCCUAUCAGAGAGAUCCCCAUUACCAAACUCAUCGACCUGGGAGAGGACAGCUACAUGGAGAAGGAAAAGUCCAAGAUGAACUUCCUGAUGGUAGAUGGGGCAGGUACUGAGGACAAACCUCUGAAGAUCCCCAAGGAGGUGUGGAUUCUGGUCAACCACCUUUACACAAAGUCCUGUGAUCAGGAGGACUUAUUUCAGACACCAGGCCUACAAGAGGAGAUGCAGAGCAUCAUCGACGCUCUGGACACCAGCAUCCCCGACUCUAUACCUGGUUGUAACCACUCUGUAGCUGAGGCCCUGCUGAUCUUCUUGGAGGCCUUGCCGGAGCCAGUGGUGUGCUAUGAACUCUACCAACGGUGCCUAGACGGCUCUCACGACAGCCGCCUCUGCAAACAGUUGAUCUCCCAGUUGCCCCGGGCUCACCGCAAUGUGUUUCGUUACCUGAUGGCCUUUCUGAAGGAACUUCUCAAACACUCACAGAACAACAAUCUAACAGCCAGCCUCCUCGCUACCCUCUUUGCCAGCCUCCUCAUUCGACCACCUCCCAACUUUGUGGGCAGGCAGACGUCACACGAGCGACAGAAAGCCACCGAUUUCAUUCUGGGUUUCCUGAUGGCCGGGGAUGAGGAUUAACCAACAUUGAAGGUUUCUUACAGUGUCAUGGUCUGAUCGAUGAUUGAUACCCAGCAUGGCUCUUUGGUUUUAAAGGACCUGGUAUUUUGACAUCUACUGGAGACCAGUGCAGUUGUUCUGCAGUCUACCUUUUACAAACUGUCAUAUUGACGGUACCGAAAGUCUGUUAUUAGAAGUGUUUGUCAUAUCUUCAGUCCGAACACAGUAUGAAAAGUUGCUGGAUUUGGAAGCGCUUGGGGGAGGUUUGAACUGAUGCCUAUGCACUUUGUGAUGACCUAAAGGACCUGUGCCUCCUGAGUAGAGCUGACACUUCUUCAUGUGGGUGCUCUUGCCAAAAUAACUCCUCAAGAGUGAGUGUUAUGAAUGUGAAAACACUAGGUAUGUAUAUAUAUAUAUAUAUAU